AUGGAUAAGGCUAGGCAAGUGUUAGCACAAGGCGUCCCUCCUGGCGUGCGUAGGUCAUACCGUACCUUGGCAGACCACGGCGGAGACAAGGCACAGAGCCAGCAGUACCUGACACCAUGGGAAGAGAGCGCCCUCGUCAAUUUCAUCUUACACAUGUCAGAUCUCGGACGGCCCGUACGAAUCAAGCACAUUCCCUCGCUCGCCUUCGUCGCUACCCGCGGUCGGUCCGCGGCGAACAGACCCUCCAAGCCCCCAGGCAAAAACUGGGCAAAAGCCUUCGAGAAGCGCCAUCCAGAGACGGCAGCGAGACGCGUCACAGCGCUAGACUGGAACCGCCACGAGAAUAACAUCGCUGACAAGAUGAUACAU